UAAACAGGACACCCCGAAAUCUUUCACCUUAUUUUUCACAUAAAUUACAAAAAAGCCCUCCAUUUCCUUCCUUUUUCUUACCCGAAUCAGAAAAUGAAGUCAUAAUACAUUCAAUCUUAUCUAUCUAAGCCCUCGAUUUCAUCAAUCUAUCAAAAAACCUACCUUGGUUUUCCCCUUAAAAAUCGAACUUCUUUCUUUUUUUGAAGUAAUUCAGAGAGAGGGAGAGGGAGAGGGAGAGAGAUGCAGAGCCAGGUGGUGUGUAGAGGGUGUAGAAGUUUAUUGUUAUAUCCAAGUGGAGCUACUAAUGUUUGUUGUGCUUUAUGUAGUACCGUUACCUCUAUUCCUGCUCCUGGGAUGGACUUCGCUCAACUCAUUUGUCGAGGUUGCAGGACAUUGCUAAUGUUUGCACGGGGGGCAACAACUGUGAGAUGCUCCUGCUGCCACAUAGUGAACUUUGCACCAGGACCUAACCAGGUUGCUCAUGUCAACUGUGGGAACUGCCAGACUACACUUAUGUAUCCGAAUGGUGCUCCAUCUGUCAAGUGUGCUGUCUGUCACUAUGUUACUAACAUAAAUAUGGCUAAUGUGAGAGUUCCGCUUCCAGCAAACAGACCUAGUGGUAUAGGUGGAACAAUGCCGUCUACUUCAACAACUCAAACUGUCGUUGUGGAAAACCCUAUGUCUGUUGAUGAAAGUGGCAAAUUGGUCAGCAACGUUGUUGUUGGUGUCACUACAGAAAAAAAAUAAUCUGGUGAGAUUUUGAUAUCUUGCUAUACUUUUAGUAGGGAAUGGCCCAGAUUAAUACUAUGUUGUGAAGAAGGAUAUGAAAAUUCGUUAUGUAUAUUUUGUCUAAAAUAGCUAUGAGCAACAUUUGUUCAAAACCAUGUUGAAUACACGAGCUGUUGGUGAAAUUUGCAGUGUGGAUGUGUACAUUUUGAGGAUAUAAAGCUUUAGAGGGCAUUCUUUCUGUCUCUCUGAUUGCCGGACUGAAACAUUGUUAUGUUUGUACUUAUAUCUGGUCGAGUGAAUGUGCAUGUAUCUUUCAAAGUGAACUAUCAUAUACUGUAUGCGGGGAAUGUGCUUAUUUGGUACUCCCGGAACCCUUGAUUCUUGAAGAUAAAUUCUGUAUAAUUGAGUGUUCUAUCAUUAAAAUAAUGUUUUAACCUUUCCAAA